AUCGACACGCAUACUCAAAGGGACGUAACUAUGACAAACAAAUUUAUCCAAGAUGGCCGACGAUAGCCCACCGACCUAUUCCCCAGACCAUUUUCCAAGUUCUCCGGAAGAAGACACGGUGGAGGUGGCUAAAAAGCUGGGAAAGACAAAUAUGUUGCAAUGGAUGGAGAUUCGAGUUUCUGAGCCAGAAAAGAGAACCACAACAUCAAUGAAGAUGCAAGACACAUUUAUGGUCUAUCUUAUUGAAACAAGGAUUACAGACAAUGACGUAAAAUGCAAAGGUGAUGGAACGACUUCCCUGUGGCGCCGAUACAGCGAGUUUGAGCUGCUGAGAAACUACCUUGAGAUCACCUAUCCUGCCCUUGUCAUUCCACCUCUGCCAGAGAAAAAGGCCACAUACACUUGGCAGAACAUGGCCACAGACAAGUUUGAUGCUGAAUUCAUUGAGAGGAGGAGGGCAGCUUUAGAGAUCUUCUUGUUACGAUGUGCUGCCCAUCCAAUUAUGUGUCUGGACAAGAUAUUCAUUGGUUUUCUACAGAAGGAGGAAGCAUGGAAGGAUACUGUUUAUGCCACAGAAUUUCAGAGUAAGGCUGAUUCAAAGUUGAAGAGUUUAAAUGCCUCAUUUCGCUUGAAGAAACCAGACCAGCAGUUUGAAGAACUUAAGAAUUACAGCAAUGAAAUACAGGGCGUCAUAGCCAAUCUCCUGAAAGUUAGAGCGCGUAUGGCAGACCACCAGUUUGGUGUGCACAAGCUCCAUGGCAACUACCAGAGGGUGUUCAAUGAGUGGAGCGCUAUAGAGCGUGAGAUGACUGACCCCCUGCAGAGUGCUGGACACUACAUGAACGUGUAUGCGCAGUCUAUAGACACCAUUCUGGAGGAAGAAGAGCAGUAUGCAGACCAGCUGAAGGAAUACCUGGCAUUUGGGGAGUCACUUAGGUCUGUUUGUAGAAAAUAUGAGUGUCUACAGUAUGAUCAGGAAAGGGCUGAAGAAGGAUUGACCAGUAAACACUCACAGAAAGAGGCUUUGGUUCAAGGCAAGACCUCCACUGGCUUCAGUCUGGGCAGUCUGAAGAAGGCGAUGUUCGGUGCCGAUACCCCAGAGCAGAGGGAACUCAAGAUCAAGCACCUGGAGGAACAGAUCAAAGUCAAUGAGGUGGAACUGAAGCAGGCCAAUGAGGAGAUGCAAAAGUUUGUUGAUGCUGCCCUGCGUGACAUAGACCGAUUCAAGAGACAGAAGACAAAAGAUCUUAAAGAGAUCUUCACAAACUACGCCAUCAUGCAAAUCAAACAGUGUAAAAAAGGAAUAGCAAUUUGGACCAGUGCCAAAGACUGUUUUGCCAAGAUGUGAACACCAACCUUUCAAGCCAAGAUAUCAACACCAACCUUUCACAUAAAAGAUUGGGCUCCCUUUCCUGGAAGCUGCCUUAGAAAAGCUCAUAUGAGCCUCGUUCUGGGAAAACAGCAUUUAAGGCCUGUUGUUAAAGUGUCGUCCUAGAUUAGCCUUCGCAAUCUUCAUAGGCUAAACAUGGACAACUUUAUCCGCUUUUAUUGUAUUUUUGAUUUAAAGGAAGUUUCUUUUGCACAAAACUUGUGUACUCUUUUGUCUUCAUUGAUUAGCCUGUGCGGACCAGAACAAGGCUGAUUUGUCAGUUAUAUAAGUUUAUGUGUCAGGGUUUUUAUGCCCCAGGUAGGGUGGCAUAUAGCAGUUGAACUGUCCGUCAGUCCGUCGGUCUAUCCGUCCGUCCAAAAACUUUAACAUUGGCCAUAACUUUUGCAAUAUUGAAGAUAGCAAUUUGAUAUUUGGCAUGCAUGUGUACCUCAUGGAGCUGCACAUUUUAGUGGUGAAAGGUCAAGGUCAUCCUUCAAGGUCAAAGGUAAAAAAAAACAAAUCCAAGGGGAGUAACAAGCUUUAAAGGGAGAUUAUUUAUAUUUAUCAUUUGGCAGUUACAGAUCAUUUUCACAAUGGAAGUAAUAUUUUUUAAAGGGAUAAAAUAAAAAAAUCAAAGCGGCGCAGUAGGGGGCAUUGUGUUUCUGACGAACACAUCUCUUGUUUUAUCCCUACCAUAGAAACAGACCAACUGUUUCAAUAUAACAAAUGUUAGGUUAAGGUUCAAACAAUUUAAUUCACAAACCAGGUCAUAUUUGGUGUGUCUUUACUACAAAAGAUAGCAUGAUGUUCAUAAUUAUUUAUUUUAUGUCCGUGAUAUUCUACUUUUUAAUUUUUGUUGAGGUUGUAUUUUGUGAUUGCAAGACAAGUAUUUAGAUAACAAAUUUGCACAAAUGAGGUUGUAUGGACAUAAAGGGUUUGUUUUACUUUUCCAUGUAUUUUAGAUAUGUUUUUGUUAUGACAACAAUGAUAUAAUGCAUCUGACUAAUGUGUACAAUUCACUGUUUACAAUAACAGAUACAGCAAGGCAUGUUAAUUCCAUGUGUUUGGGCACACAUCUUUUUGCAUUCCAUGUUGUUUGUUUAUACUCACCCGAGCACAACUUGCUCAUGGUGAAAUUUUGUGAUCUUCUUUUGUCCAUUGUGUUUGGUCAAUAUUUACCUUGUGAACACUCAAAAAACCACAUUUAUUUCCCAAUUUGUAUGACUCUUUUUCAGAUGCCAGAUUUAUCCCAAUUGAAUCUCAACUAAGUUCAAAACUGGCUCAUGCAGGGAUUUAAACUAAGUCACUGUAGCAAAUUAAAGAAAUGGCUUGUUAACACACUAGAGUCCUCCUUUAUUUCUCAAUCUUCACUUCAUGAAACUGACUUAGAGCAUUAGUCUCCAUGAAAUCUCUGCGGAGUUCAAAUUUGGGUCAUGUGGGGGGGGUGUUAAAAAGUAGUUCAUAAGGUCACAUAACAGAAAAGGCUUAAGUUAUGAGAACUAUAUUACAGGUCACAUUUAUAUUACAAUCCUCAUACAACUUGGUCAGAACAUUUGUCCCAAUGAUAUCUCAGCCAAGUUUAAAACUGGGUCAUGUGAGGUCAAAAGCAAUGUCACAAUGUCAAAUUAAUUAAACGGUUUGUGAGCACUACUAACCAACUUUCUAAAACAUGGUAACCUGAGAACAACGGUCACCUGUCUGCAAUGGUCACUUUAGUCUUUUCCCUUGACUGACUUCUGUUCUCAGGUUGUACUAUAUAGGCCACAUUUAAUGCCAACUUUUCAUCUGAAUUGGGAAGAACAUUCUGGCGAUGAUAUCUCUGCAGAGUUAGAAAACGAUCAAUGAAAUUUGAUCAGAAUAUUUAUCUCACAAUGUCUCUGCAGAUGUUAAAUUGAUGUUUCCAUAAAUGUAGGUCACCAAAUUUUAUCCUAGAAACUCCCAUAUAACUUAUGUAGAAGCCACAUUUAUGACCCAAUUUUGAUCAUACGUUGUCAGAAUGUUAGUCGUGACAAUAACAAGGCCAUGUUUGAAUCUGGGUGCAGUGGGGUCAGAAACCAGGUCAAGUCUUCAACAAUUGGUUAAACCUUAAAUCAGGUGAGCCAUUCAAGUCCAUCAUGACUCAAUUGUUUAUUUAUUAUAUGUACGUCUUCAUUUAGAUUUAUGUUGUGUUGAUUUGUGGAAAUAUAUAUAUUGCUUAUAUUAUUGCAUAUUUCACAUGAAAAUCAGAUUCUGUGUGGUUGUAUUUGUUACGGGCCUUGUGCAAUAAAGCAAUUAAAGUAAAUUCAAAACU